UGAAUACGCGCGCGUCACAUAGCGAUGCUCUCAGUUAUCAUGUUUAGUUAUCGCAGCGCAGCAGCAGGUUUGAUCACAAGAAGAGUUUGCAGAAAAUAAUUUAACUACAGCAAGACCGAGACUGCAGUCAUGCCAAAUGAUACCCAAGCAUCUGAAGGUCCCUUAGACCGAUCCUUUGAGGACUUGGUUACUAAGAUCCUCGCCACUGAAGAAGACUGUGUGACAAACGACAACCUGGGUGCCCAGAUUUCUCUGACGCAAGAGCUGCUAGAUACCCUUUCAGCUGGAAACUGUUUUGAAAAUGGCAUUCCUCCAUGGAAGCAAGCUGCAAUCCCUGACAUCAGUGGUGUAUCAUCUGCCCAGCUGAUUCAGGAGGCACUCAAUUGGAUGCAACAGAACAAGAAUGGACAGAUGUUGAAUGCUGAAAGUGAGAACAUGUAUACAGGUUCUCCACACAGCUCUCUUGCUGGAAGCUACAGUUCUGGAGAUGAAAUUGGUUGGCCAAAUAUUCCACUACCCAGGGUUGAGACAGACCUGAAUCCUCCCUGCAUGAACCGUAGCAGUCCACAGAUUCCACAGCUAGAUGCGAAACCAACUCCAUACAACUAUGAAAAUCAACAGCAGUUCAACAACAUGCCACCCUCAAGAGAAGACUUUCCCUUCCAGUUUCCUCCAAAUAGAGCCUCUCCUAUCAAUAUGGCUGAAAUGAUGGGUGUCCAAAAAGACCCUCAGUUGUCUUCACCAAUGGGUAGGUUCAACAAUGGCAACAAUCUACGAGGCUCACCUGUCCAGUCACCACCAGUUACCCAACCUCCCAUAUCCCCAAGUUUCCAUUCCCAAGAUGAUUACCCAUCUCAACAGCCAAAUUUUCAUCAACCUUUCCAACGGCCUCCCUUCAAUAAUCCCAGAGAUUUUGACAUGUCUCAAUAUGCUAGAGCACAGCAGUGGAAAAAUCAGCAGGACAUGUUUCGCAACAUGACCAAUCCUAGAUUCAAGUACGAUGCCCAAAUGGCAGCUGGGUUUCCUCGCAACAACUAUAAUACUCGCUAUCCAUAUAGCAGCAGACCAAGUCAUGUUCCAGGUUGGGUUAAAAGAAACCAAUCACUCAACAUGAACAUGAAGCAGUCAACAUCAUUUACUGAGAAUUAUGCUUCCCUGCCUCACAGCCCAAUGUCACCAACAUCACCAAUACUAAAUGGGGAGCUUGCUGCAGCAAUUGAAGACUGCCAGUACCAGUUACAGAAUCUGGAAAAGGAAAGGAGAAAGACUGAGACUGAACUAGUUAAAAUGAAUCCAGGGAAGCGCAUAUCAAGUUCUAAUACCAUUGCAGUGCCUCCAUUACCACCAAACCCAUCUGCCUUGGAUCAACUUGUUGUUGAAGAGUACAGAGAGCACAGCAGGAUGACUACUCUGUUGAGCAAGAUUGGAGGUCUGAAUGCCAAGGCUCUUCAUCCAAACAUUGAGGCUUGCCUAGAUAUGUGGAUGUCAGCCAUACAGUCUGUUGAAGCACACCGAACAGCUGAAAUGUGUCAAACUCUCCAUGGAAGGAAUGUUCAGGAUAAAGGAGAUGGAAGCAUUGUUACAAAGAUCAAGAAUCUCCAUCAGGCCACCAGCGCAGCAAGAACCAAGUUGUGGUGUGCUCUUCAACUCUCCAAAGAAAAACACAUCCCUCCCAUCAAUAAGGAGCUCUUGAAUUUCCUCCCAGAAAUGGUGAGGCUCAUUUAAUUUUGAAUAGGAUUCAAGACUUUUUAUCAUUAUUCAUUGGUGGCAUCUGGUUUCAUCCAUCUGCUUUGAAAUGUAGGGUUUUUUAAACACUUUGGUAUGAUUGGUCACAUCUCAUGAUCAAGUAAGAUUAUAUCUUUGACCAUUCAGUAAAAAAAAAAGAAACAAGAAAUUUCAAGCCUUAACAUGAUUUUUCUCUCUCUGUUUCCUGGAAAGUGAUUAUCAUGUGUUCAACAAGUUGAUGGAUUAAUUGGGAUUUUUCUAUUCCAAUCCCCAGUAUUGAUGUGUGUUUCAAGUUAUAAAGAUGUUAGGAUUUGUCCCUGUUAUGAAAUAUUUAAGUUUUCUGUUGACUUUAACAUUUCAAAACAUAAUUAUGGGAAUUAUAAUGCAAUACAAAGUGCUUAGUGAAAAACCAUAAUCAUAUUCAAGGAUAAUGUGACCAUUACUUUAUCUCAAGAUUGAGUGUUUUCUGAGAAACAAAUGAAUAGCCAAAUGAGAGCCCCAAAUACUUAUCAUGAAUGAAUAUCCUAAGGCUCUUAAUUGCAUCAAUUUUUGAUCUUAGAAAAUGAUAGGUUCAAGAUUAAUGAUGCCCUAGCUUUUUGUUAAUUGUAAGUUAUUUUUAGAUAUUAUUUUUAGAUAUUUUUGUUAGCAUAAAUCAAGUUCAGCAUGUUCUUUUUUUUUUAACCCUAAAGUAGAUUAUUUGCAGUAAUGACAUGAUCAUUAUUACAUCAUUGGUGCAUUCUUGCAUGAUUCAAUAAAUGAACAUUAAUAGACAUUCUAGUUGGAAGAAAUUUUUUUGAAUAAUGUUCACAAAGUCAACACUGCUGUUAUAUAUAUUGAAUUUCGUUAUAUAGGUGAGACCACCAGGGGCAUUCCACUUGUUAUGGAAUAUGGUUAAAUAUCCUCUAUGACCCUAUGAUAAUAACUGAUUGCUUGACAACAAAUUGUAAAAAUUAGAGACAAUUCAUCAUUGCAUUAUAAAGAUUUCUAUAAAGUUUCUUAAGGCCACCAUACACCUCAUUGCUGGUCCUGAUCAGAUUUUGGAACAAAUCGAAUUUUACUCAUUUUCUGAAAAUGUGAAGUGUCUUUUGAUUUGAGUUUCAUAUCAACUGUAAGAAUAUUGAUAUAACGAUUUUGGAUGAUUGCAAGACAUUAUUCUAGAGUGAAGGUCAAAAUUAGUUGAUUAAAUUUGCUUUUAUUCUAAUAAGCCUUUAAGGAUGAUACAUAGUUAGAAAAAUAUUUGAACAUAGAUAUUAAUUUGAUGAUCUAGAACAUUACACAGUAUUAAAGAUAUUCCAUGUCUCAAUAUUAACAUCAAAUUCUACUAUGUUUCAUGACAAACUUGGGUCACAGACCAAUCCAAUAGGGUAUGCGGUGACAUUUAGAGAGAGUUUCAUAUUCUAUAGGGAAAUAUAUAUAUAAACAAAUCGUUUUAAAAGGCUUGCAACACUAUAUUAAUGAAUGGGAUACACUUAAAUUUGGAAACAAUUCAUAAGCUAUGCAAUGAUAAUUUUGAUGUAUAUUGAUACUAUUGAUUAUGCAAUAUUUCUCAUUAUGAUAAAAUAGAUAUCUGUGUGAGGAAACUGUUUUAUCAUCUUUUUUUCAGUAGAUAAGGCAUCAUCAGAAAUAUCUUAUUUUAUCCAUACAGGUUUAUUUGUCUAAAUGUUUUAAAAUGUAUAAUGUUGAACUACUUUCAUUUAUUUAAAAGUAAAGGGGACGGGGGGCUUUGCAAGUGCAGAAUACAGUAAGUGCACACAUGUACAAAGGAUAUGAGACUCUAGUUUCAAUGCUUACUUUAGCAGGGUAUUUUCUUAUAUUUUCAUCUUGAUUUUAGCUUGAGUUGAACUUUCCUCUAUCUGUACCAGGUUAUAUGCAAUCUUCGGCUUUAUUAGCCUUUUUUUCCAUUUGUAGUCACAGUUUUAAUCGUUAUUUUUUAUUGAUAUAUAAUGCUGUGAGCAUGUACUUGUUUAGGAAUCCAAAAUGAAGUUGAAUGAGUGUACUAUAUAGGAGUGUAGAUCAUUUUCAGAAUUAUAUUUAUAUCUGUAUUGGAUUGGGCCAAACAAUAUUAAUUGAUUAUGCUUGAAAGGAAAUAUGAUCAAUCAUUAUUCCCUGUUUAUUGUGGGUACAUGGAUUUGUAUUUUUUCUUUAUGUUUGUAAUUAUGAAAUCAAAUGUACAAUAACAAUGGUUUAAAUGAUUUCAUCUUCUACAUAAAUGAAUCAGGAAUGAUUUUUUUAAAAUAAUAUCUUAAAAUCUGUAACAAUUUUUAUUUGCCUUGUUACUGAGUAAUGAAAGUAUGUUAUUCCAUCUUUGUAGAUAAACCAUGUGACUGCCAUGUUCUGAAUGUAUUUUAUAUUAGCUAUAUCAUAAUUCUUUUGAUUUUUUUUUACUGUCAUUCAAGGGAUCUUGCCUCUUAUUCAAAAGUUGUAAAGGAUGUGUUAAUAUAUUUUUGUUUAAAAAGUGUCUUGACUAAAAUGACUCACAGUUCAAACCACUUUAUUAGGUUAUUAUUGGAGUGUUGCUUUCCAUAGAUAAUGAUGAUUUUUCUUUACUUACACUCCUUCAUUUCUUGAUUAUCAUAAAUCCAAAAUACACUUGAACAAGGGUAGCAGCGUUAUUGAUUAUUUGAGUGAUAAACAACAGUUUGCUAUUGAUGUAUAUGAGUUCCAGACCUUUGAUACUUUUAUACAAUUAGAGUGUUUUCUUAUAUUAUUAUAUCUAAGAAUGUAUAUAUGUUUAAAUUGUACUAACAUAUAACAUAUCUUUGAACAAGAAAAACCUUGCUCUUCUGAUCAUUUGAAAAUUGGUCAAAAUCGAGAACAUGAAAAUUAAAAUACAGAUUUGAACCAAGAUUGGAAGAAAUAAAUUAAAUCACUUAUUUAUUCAGGAGAAUUUAUUUUUGGGAAUAAGUUACGUUGUCUUCCAAUCAUGUAGGAAUGGGCAACUCAGGUCAUAAAAUUUCUCUUCUUAUUUAAGGGAACAAUCAGCAGCGGUUCUAUUAAGGAAUUUACUUGGAUAUACAUGUAGGGAAGGGGAAAUAUGGUUUAGAAUAGAUCAUGCAUUGUCUCAAUUAGUAUAACUUCAUAUUCACAUUGAAUGAACUGUUCAAAAUUGGUGAAUAUAUACUGGGUUAUUCUUUUAAAGCAAUUGUAUAUUUCAUGGCAGUGGGUGAUUAUAUUUUAAUGAAUUUAAUUCUGGCUUUGGAAAGUUCUAUGAAGUAAUAUCAGUAUCAUGAUCGUGACAGUAUUUCGCUGUUUCUUUGUAAUUCUUUUUUUUUGCAGGUUAUUUUCAGAAAUAUUUAAUUAGAAUAAAAGAACAUCUAUAUUUUGUAUAAGAAUCAGCGUGUACAACAAUGAUAUCAAAAUUAUUUCAAAAAGAUUAUUUAUUUAAUGGUUGCUUUGCAAACAAAUAAGGAGGCGCCAACUAUAAUGUUGACAAACGCAUUGUACAUGUGACAACUGCGAAUCAAAUUGAAAUAGUGGAAUUAAUGUUAAGUGUUGAAAGUAUGAAGAUGGUUGAAGUUUAAUGAAAAAAUGUACACAAGUUAAUUAAAUUAUUUGCAAUAUGUUUAAAAGUUAAUAAAAGUUUUUCAAAUGUAUAAAUGUUUACAUUAAUUCACACUGUUUAAAUGAAUUGUCUGACAACACUGUUGUACAUCUUGAGAAAGCAUUAUACAUGUAGUUGAAUUUUUUAAAAUUGAAAACUCUGUUCUCUACGGCAUUAUGCCAUUAUGUAUAGAAGUUUUACUCUAGCUGUUGACCUGUUAUAUGGCAGUUAUUCAAUUUCAUGAUUGCAUUUUUUUUUUAUUAAAGUAUUUCUUUAACAUGUUCAGUACAUU